AUGGCAUCGCCGAAUCCAACCACCGUCAAAUUCCUCUGUAGCUACGGCGGCAGAAUAACUCCUCGUUAUCCCGACGGCAAGCUCCGUUACCAAGGCGGCCACACACGUGUCCUCUCCGUCUCUCGCUCCAUUUCCUUCUCCGAGCUGGAGAGGAAAAUCGGCGAGAUCUGCGGGAUGAAGGUGAACAUCCGGUGUCAGUUACCGACGGAUGAUCUCGACGCGCUUGUAACAGUAUCCUCCGACGAGGAUCUAACGAAUCUAAUGGAGGAGUACGAUAUGGUUACGACGGCGCCGCUGCUUAAGAUCCACGCCUUCCUUACUCCGCCGAAAUCGACGACGGCGAAGACCUCGUCUCCUCCGCUUUCAACGGCGUCUUCUUCUACUUCUUCCUCUUCGUCGUCGAAAUCAUCCUCUCGCUCUCGAUCUCCUUCGUCGCCGUCGUCGAAGCCGGAGAAUUGUUCCGUCUGUGUAGAGAGAUCGAUUCGCAACAAUGGAGGCGGCUACGUUCACAGAAGUCCGAGUCAAAACCAAUUUUACCAAAAAUCAUCGUCACUGUGGCAAAAUAGCAAUUAUUAG